ACGUAUCAGUGGAGAUGGAGGCCUCUUUUCCACACCAGAUCAAGCAAUAGCAACCUGAGAUGAACCCACGAGGUCCUCAUGAUGCUGCAGCAUUGAUCUAUAAAGGUUGACCGGUGUCCAUUCGUCUUGCCUCAUCUCAUUCCACAACUCAUCAAAUUCACUACUUGUUCAUCUUCCUUUGAUCUCAUAAUGUUCCUAUCAACCCUCGUUGGAGCCUUCCUGGUGGUUGCUGCCAGGGCAGCACCAGUCCUCGACGGGGCUAAGCCUCUAAACAGCACGAUAUGGACCCCGGACUAUGUCCUGCAGCCAGAUGAGGUCAUUCUUUACGGCGAAGGGCGCAUGGAGGUUGUCCAUGAGAGCAUCUUCCACGGCCUUUUGGCCGAUCAGGAAAUCUCCCUUGAGGCCCCUGAGGUGGACGAAUCCUUCCUCAGCUUCAACAGCUCUGAUCUCAGCUCUGAUCUGGAGGCCCGCGACGAAGUCUCGUGUGGCAGGACGCUUGCGUUGGUGACCACCUCGACGCAGACCUUCAUCGACUGGGACGUGCAGAUGUCGCCCGUCGUGAUCGGCACUGGCACGAACGGCCUCAACGUCUACGUCAGCUCCGGCUACAGCGUCAGCAACAGCGUCUCGGUCAGCGCCGGCCUUGACCUGGGAGAAAUCACCUCCAAGCUGAGUGCGAUCAGCACGGGGAUCGACUAUACGCGCACCUGGUCCACGCAGACCGUCAUCCAGGUCAACGGCAACGUCCCCAAUGGCUUUUCCGGCGUCAUGAUCACCAAGCCCAUCAAGAACCGCAAGUACGGCAAGACCAUGACCGGCUGCAUCGGCUCCCAGACCCAGAGUGGCACUUUCAUGGCCGACUCGUUUGAACAGGGCUCCUAUGCCGGUGUUUCGUGGGUGUCCGGGGCCAUCACCAUGUGUGUUAAGAAGCAGUUCCCCCUCACCCGCUGCACAGGAAGCGGCAAAUUCAUCUAGUCGCGAGUGACUUAGGGUUUAGGGUUUAGGGUUGUAAGUAUAGGAUGAUAGGUUGUUGAAUUAAUAGUGAUGAGAGGACGAAAAUAAUGUCAAGAUUCAGUUUUGUAAUCUCAUGUAAAUAUCAAGUGAACAAUUAUGAUCAAUUCUACUUGGAGCCUGACUUACUAUCAUC